AUGGCGAAACAUAAACUGAUUUCAAGUGAGAUUUUGCAGGCGAUUUUGGACAAUAAUUAUCACGAUUUUAGCAGUUCUGAAGAAGAUUUUAGCGACAAUGAUGAUCAGCAACGUGCGCUACAUGAUACUGUGAAUGACGAUGCAUCGGAUGAUAGCGAUGAGUGGGUGUAUCCGCAACAUCUCAACUGGACUGCUGCCCGUGGUGAACUCCCAUUUCUGUAUCCGUUUGAGGCAACGUGUGGGUUUACUGUUGAUGUAAACAAUUACACUGCUAAGCAGUUUUAUGAGCUGUUUGUGUCACCUGACUUGAUAAGACAUUUUGUUCAUCAAACAAAUCUGUAUGCAGCACAGUUUAUUGAGAAAAAUCCCAAUUUACCUCCACAUUCCCGUGUUCAUGCUUGGGUAGACACUGAUGAAAACGAAAUGAAAAAAUUCAUUGGGAUUUUGAUGUUGAUGGGAAUAAUCAGAAAACCAGAUAUUGAGAUGUACUGGUCUACAGAUCCUAUCAAUGAGCCAGAUAAGAAAGAUCCAAACAGUGACCGCUUGUUCAAGCUACAUCCUUUGAUUGACCAUUUAUUUGAAAAAUUUCAGUUGCCCUACGUACCAGGGCUGUCAGUUGCAGUUGAUGAAAGUUUAUUGUUGUGGAAGGGCUGCUUACAGUUUCGACAGUAUCUACCAUUGAAAAGGGCACGGUUUGGUAUCAAGAUGUUUUGCUUAGCUGAGAAUUCAGGUUACAUUUAUAGAUUUCGUGUAUACACUGGCAAAGAGGAUCCUAUGAGUAGUAUUUCAGUAGUGUUGCCAGAUGAAUGUAAGGACUUUGGUCUUUCAGAGAAAAUUGUUGUGUACCUUGCCCUACCACUAUUGGACAAUGGGUACACCAUUUGGAUGGAUAACUGGUACUCCAGUUGUAGGCUGUUCCAUUACCUUCAUCAUCGUAAAACUACAGCAUGUGGCACAUUGCUGUGCCUGAAAUUUCAAGACAAGAAAGAUGUUCACAUGCUAACAACUCAGCCACAAUGCAUCAUUGAAUAUAACAGCAACAUGGGUGCUGUUGACAAGCAGGACCAAGUAUUGAAACCCUAUUCGACUGCAAGAAAAACUAUGAAGUGGUAUAAAAAGUUAUCAGUUCAUCUGCUCCAAAUGGCAAUGCUGAAUGCUCACAUUCUGUACCAGAAAAAUGGAGGCACAAAUACAUUUCUGCAGUUUGACCAUGACGUCAUUGCAGACUUCAUUUUCUCUGGUGAGGAACAACAUGCAGAUAGAGUAGAAGCAGUGGUGAGGCUCACAGAACGUCACUUUCCGGACAAACUCGAACCAACAACAACUUGGACCAAGCCACAGGCACACUGUCGUGUAUGUUCAAAGAAGGGUCAACGUAGAGACGUCAAGACUUUCUGCUCAAAGUGUCCCAGCAAUCCAGGACUUUGUGCAUUUCCCUGCUUUGGCCUGUGGCACAGCAAACUCAAAUACUGGGAAUGA